AUGUCCUCGAGCAUCAACAACACCGACCUCACUUCAUCUACCCCUCCACAACCACUCAUCAUGAGCAUGUUCGGCGCCCUAAACCGCUUCAUCUCGCGGCUCGAUGCUGCGCCCAUCGAGGAACAGCAGUCUGCCGUCAAUGGAGCGUUUGGCUUCCAGGUUCUGAGGAACACGAAUCAAGAAGUGCCGCUGGAGCCGUGGUUUGACUUCAUUAUUGGUAUUAAUGGGCGCACGAUUACGGUGAGCUUGGGGGUCUUCAGCGCGAAGGGCCAGAAGAUUCGCGAGGUCUACAUCUCCGUUCCUUCCACAAACCCGACCCUAGGCAUCUCUCUCCAAUGGUCCCCUCUCGCCCUCGCCGAAGAUGUAUGGCACAUCCUCGAUGUGGCACCAAACUCUCCCGCCGAUGUAGCCGGCCUGCUCCCAUACGGCGACUACGUCAUCGGCAGCCCCGAAGGACUUGUCCGCGGUGAAUCCGGCCUCGGUGAACUUGUUGAGGACUUCCUCAACCGGCCUCUGCGACUGAUCGUGUACAACCACGAGUACGACGUCACACGUCCUGUCACGAUCACGCCGAGUCGUGGCUGGGGCGGCGAAGGGGCGCUGGGAUGUGUAUUGGGCUUCGGCGCAUUGCACCGUAUUCCACCGUCUCUGGAGGAGCCGCCACAAGCACCUGGCGAAACGCUCUUCUCAUCCGACACCGCGCCGACGUCCUUCGACGAGAAGCGGGCGCUCUCGGACAUGUCUGGAAAUCCCGUGGUAGCAGGUGCGCCAACGGAACUCUUCGUCCCAGCAAACAUGGCGCUGCCGAGUAAGUCCCCGCCUCCACCUCAAGGCAAUGCGCCACCCAGGAAGAAGGGCAGAGCGCACCAUGUCGUUAGUCCAGCCGGUGGUGGUGGUGGACUAGACGACUACUUCAAGGAAGGCGAGGAGAAGAGUCUAGCAGAGGACAACGCGCCCAAAGCGAAGACCGGCGGCGUCCCUCCUCCUCCGAAAGCUGGCGGACCACCUAGAGGAGGCCCGCCAUCCAACAGUGCUACACCUGUACAAGACGAUGCGCCUGCAGAGACAGCAUGA